AUGGGGGAGGAGGGCGGCGUCAAGCGGCAUUCCGGCUGGCCCACUGGUCCAGUCGAUGUCGUGACCUCCGUCGUGGUUCGAGGCAAGGUUGAUGCCUUCCGACUCUUCCUCGACUGGGGCCUCGACAUCCGCCGCUAUAACCGCGACGGCGUGUCUAUCCUCGGCAUGGCCUUUGAGACCAAAAACCCCGGGAUUGGCAAGUACCUGAUCACCAGCAGGCGGGUGACCGCCGCGGAUGUGAGUGCUCCCGUCGCGGUUGCUCCCUUCGCGACGCGAUUCCUUGCCCUCCACCGUACUAACUCUCUCGUCAACCUUGCAGUGAUCCGUGGCAAGGACUGGGCUGUGGACCAUUUCAUCAACCUCGCCGGCCCGCAGAUCGUUCCGGCCAUCGAUAAUUGGGCCGCGAUCGGGGCCUUCAGCUCUCUGCGCCCGUCGACCAUGGCGCGUCUCCUAAGCGCCAGCCUGCCGUUCGAGUUGACAGCCUGGACCUCGGGCUGGACGCCGAUUCACUUCUCGAUCUCCAACCCAGACUACGGCAUGUUCGACCUGGCCUUCCAGCGUACCCCCAAGACUGCCCUCCAUCGCCUCGACAGUUUCGGAGACUCGCUCCUGUUCCACGCGCUACACAAGCAGAACUACUAUGCCCUGGAGAAGCUUCUCGCUAGCGGCGUUAGCCCAAACAUCCCCAACCGCGCCGGUGUUACUCCCCUGAAUUGCGCCUGCCUGCGGGUGGAUGCCCAGGCUGUGAGGCUGCUCAUCCAGUACGGUGCCACCGCUCGAGUGGGAUCGUCGACCACCGAGGGCACCUCGCUGAACGCGUUCGCGGAGGGUAUGUGGGAAAACCGUGACAAAGAUACCCGCGAAGAUGCCCAGGAAAUCUUUGACGCUCUGGUGGGCGCGGGGGCUCGAGGUGAUCAAGCUGGACCGGAUAGCUCUGUGGAGGAGCUGAUUCGUAUCCGCUUUUCUAUGGGCUCUCUACAUGAUGAGGAGCUCUCCCAGGAAAUCAAGCAAAAUUUCCCCAAGCGGCUUGGUCUAAGGACCAGGUACCAGUAG